GUGGCCGCCGGUGGCCCUUGGGAGCGCAAGUAUAACAACCUGUUCCCUUGGAACCACCAUGCCGAGCUCUUGGUUACUCAAGGGCUCGUGUGGAAGAACUACCCUGACGACGUGCGCUGGCCAGGCGAGGAAAAAACCGGUGGCCGCAACAAGGCCAAAGGGAUCGCGGAGCUGUCCAUGCUGGAACUCGACCGAAUGAUCGAGGGCCUGGUGGACAGGGACUACCCUUUCGAGUUCGAGAGGGUCGACAAGGAAGCCCUGAAGAAGAACAAGCUGCCGGUCAUCAUCUGCACACCCCCGGCACACGACGCCACGUUCAAGCGGGCGCGCCGCUACUUCGCCAACGGGACAAGCGACCGCAAGGGACCCCCGAGGCGUGUGGCGCCUGCCUCGUCAGGAGAGCACGGUGAGAGCUCGUCGCCGGAUACCGAUGAGCUGAGCAAGGACACGGCCUCGGCGGCGUUGUCACCCGUGCAGGCGCCUCCGCCCAAGGCCUCUCUAACGAGGUCGAGGGUCGUCGAGGUCGUGAUCCGCAAGUCGAGGACGAGCCAGCCGACCACCGCAUCCAAGCCAAUCGACGUGGACGACAGCAAGGACGACGACGCCCCGGUGAAGCCGCGAGCGGACAAGCGGAAAGCCAUCAACGUCGAGGACUCCGAGGACUCCGAGGACGAGGACGCCUACCAGCCUUCGGAGGGGACCCCCACCCCGGUGAAGCCACGAGGGGCCAAGCGGAAGGCGCUCCGCAACGGGUCCGACACCAAGGACGAGCCCGAGGACGGCACCAAGAAGGAGCCAAGCAAGGGCAAGGGUCCCAGCAAAGGCAAGGCCCCUGCACGGAGCACCAAGCGGAGCAAGGCGAGCGCGGGCGGGAGCGAUGUCGAGCAGCAGUCGACCCCUCGCAUGCCCGAAAAGCCCAGGGCACAGACAGCCAAACGCCCCGCACCACGCCCGGUGCAUGCAGGGGCCCGAACGCGCGGCGGGGCUAUGGAUACCACCACAAAUGAGCUGUGCGACGCGUCCACAGAAGCUCCCGCCCAGCGUCAGCGCCCCGCCCGGCAUCUGCACGAGGAUGAAAGCUCGCCAGAGCACGCGCCCCCCAAGCGCCGCCAUCGCCCUGCCACCACAGAAGGCGCCCCCACGGAGGGCCCCCACGACCAAGAGCAUCACCAGGAGGCUCCCGCCCAGCAUGACAAGGACGCCCCGGCCGAGCUCCACCGCCCACAGGAGGGACGCAGCAAGCAUGCGCACGCGCCAGCGCCAUCCAGCGGCACAGCUGCCCUCCCGCCCUCCCUCCUGCACCAGCGGCUGGCAGUCUACGACGACGAGGACGGCAACAGCACAAGCACCGCCGGGGCUAGCGGCAUGCUAGGCCAUUGGAUGUUCCCUCCACCGGCGCCCUUCGCACACGCGCACGACGCGCCACCGGGAUACGCGCCACCGGGAUACGCGCUGCGCCCGCGGCCAACCCUCCCGCAUGCCCCCCGGUACGCACCGCGCGGCUGGCCAGUCGACAGCCAGACUCUGGACAGCUACGAGGUGAUGGACCCGUGGGAUGCAGGACACUAUUACCGCCCACUGCCCCCUCAGUUCCGCGCGCCCGAAUUCCGCGCGCCCGGCCUCAUGACGCCCGACGGCACCUACAUCCCGUCGGGGAGGGUCCACCCACAUUUCUACGAGGAUUUCGGCCAGGCAGCUGCAUUCGCCGACGUGCCUCAAGGCAUGCCAUACGCCGGCUUCGAGGCGGCUGCCCCGCCUGCUCGUAGGAUGCCUGGGACAGCCGGCGCACAGACAGCCGGCGUGCAGAGCCACGACUGCGAGCAACGAGGCGACGCCGGGCCCUCCAUGCAGGCUUGA